CUCAACUCUUCUUGCGUGUUACCGUGUACUUUUGUUUAUCUUCGCAAAACAAACCCCACAACCGCAGCUGGAUUUCCAGCCAAACUUGCAUAUUGAAGCAUCUGUCGGAAGAUUACCUGGAUUGCAAUCCUAGACAAAAUGACUCUCUACUACAGCCUUGUUUUUUGCCUGUUGGUGUUUGAGAUGGCGGUCUUCAUGGGCCUCAUCAUCCCUCUUCCAUUCACCGUGAAGAGGAAGCUCUUCGCUUUCAUUUCGGAAAGUCCGAUAGUAGCUAAAUUACAAUACGGAUUAAAGAUCACAUUCAUCUUUAUCCUUAUCCUCUUCAUCGAUAGCGUCAACCGCGUAUACCGUGUGCAGCUGGAGCUGGCUUCUUUCGGCAAAGAGGGGGGCACCAUGGGAGCCGCCGCUCUCGGUACCGAUCGUAUGGAAGUCCAGGCCCGCAAGUUCUACUCGCAGCGCAACAUGUACCUCUGUGGAUUCACCCUCUUCCUGUCUCUUAUCCUCAACCGCACUUACACCAUGAUCCUCGAUGUCCUUCGUCUUGAGGACAGAGUCAGACUUCUUGAGGGUGACAAGAAGGCUGGCGGCAAGGACUCCGCUCGUCUUGCGCAGGCCGGUGAGAUCGGCGAAAUCGGCCGUCUCAAGGAGGAGCUCGCAGCCAAGGACCGUGACAUUGAGACCCUGAAGAAGCAGUGUGAGGGUCUCACUCGCGAGUACCACAAGCUUGGUGAUGAGGUGUCUGGUGAGAAGGGUGAGGCUCCCAAGAAGGACCAGUAGACGACGCUUGGGUGUGCCGCGGGGAAAUACAAUUGUCAGCCUGCUAGGCCAGUCGGGACUGUGAAUUGAUCGCUUUUUGAGGCUGAUUGAUAGAACAUCCCGCUGUCCGCAAGCUACCCUUUCAUGUGCAUUUCGGUUACCAUAUCUUUCGGGUUUGGAUGAGGCGGAAUGUUGACAACGACCACCUGGUGGUCGGAUGAACCAGCUGUUAUUUGAGCGCAUUGGUGGAGUGAAUCAUACUGGUGCAAUUCUCGGGGAAGAAGUUGUCAUUGCAAAACUUGAGAUCUGGGUUAUCUGGGUUACAACUCACAAUGGAGC